AUGAGCUAAUCUUUUAGCUGUACCUUAUACAUGUAAGAAGGGUAUUGGCGCGUUGUGUCUUGUCUGUGUCUGUCAAAUGCUUUUACCCUCUUUUAGUUUACUUGUUGAUCUUCCACUUAAAUCUCAAAACCUUAAAAACCCAGAAUUUCUAGUUCAUUACCGAAUCCCAGGAGUCAGAUCCUUGUUGGAUUCUUGUGAAAUUCUGAUGCUGCUUCCCUAUAGCUCUGAAACCUGAAGCUAGCAACUUUAUUUCAUGUUUUUCCCAACAAUGGCAUCUCUUUCACAGUCGACUAGCUUCCUCAUCAUCAUCAUCUUCGUCUUUUCAUUCAUUCUCAUCCCAACCACACAUGCCAUUCCCUUCAUCGUAUUGCACGGCAUUGGUGAUAAAUGCAGUAACCGAGGAAUCACUCAAUUCACUGAGCUUCUAAGCGACUGGUCUAAUUCUCAAGGCUAUUGUUUGGAAAUUGGACAUGGAUCAUGGGAUUCAUGGACUAUGCCCCUUUCUGAACAGACGUCAAUUGCUUGUGAGAAGGUGAAGAACAUGAGUGAACUUGGUGAGGGUUACAACAUAAUUGGACUCUCUCAGGGUAACCUGAUUGGUCGAGGGAUUAUUGAAUUUUGUGAUGGAGGACCCCCUGUCAGGAAUUUCAUAUCAUUGGGAGGGCCCCAUGCUGGUACUGCUUCAAUUCCAUUUUGUGGAUCUGCUCUGAUAUGCAUACUUCUGGAUAGUUUACUCAAGUUGGAAAUCUAUAGCAACUAUGUUCAGGAACAUUUGGCUCCCAGUGGUUACCUUAAAAUUCCAACAGCCAUGACUGACUAUCUUGAAGGAUGUAGAUUCCUCCCAAAACUCAACAAUGAAAUCAAUGGUACGAGAAAUUCCACUUACGUGGAACGGUUUGCCAGUUUACAGAAUCUGGUGCUUAUAAUGUUUGAGGAUGAUACAGUUUUGAUACCCAAGGAAACAUCCUGGUUUGGUUAUUAUCCGUAUGGAGUCUUUGAUCCUAUAUUGCCUGCACAAGAGACCAAGCUGUACAAGGAAGAUUGGAUUGGUUUGAAAAGCUUAGAUGAAGCAGGAAAAGUUAAGUUCAUAAACGUGUCGGGCAAUCAUCUUCAAAUCUCGAAAAGUGACAUGAAGAAGUACAUGGUACCAUACUUGGAGGACCAAACAUCAACGGAGCAGACAGUGACAGAACCUUCAUCUUAUGAAUGGUUUUCAAGACUUUGGUACUUAUUUGAGGAUCUAAUUGGCCUCAAUGAGGAUCAAUCUUUGUUGCAUACCAUGUUCUAAACCAAUUGCCAUUGUCUUGUCUGAAUAAGAUGAAGAAAAAUACAGUAGGGGUUGCCCUGUCUGAAGUUUGUUGCAUACCAGGUUCUAAACCAAGUGCCAUUGUUUUGUCUGAACAAAAAGAAGUAAAGUACAUUAGGGGUUGGCCUGUCUGAAGCUGAUAUCCUAUUGUGUGAGAAUUUCCUACUCAAGAUGCAAUCCUUUAGCAAAUAUUGUGGGAUCAUUAGAUAAAUAUCACAUAUUUAGUAGUAAUUUU